AUGGUUGGACUUGGACCUAAACUUCCCCCCUCCCGCAAGGGAUCUCUGCACGACCUGCCCCAGAACCUGCUGGGAACAAUCAAGACCUUCGAGGAGGCCUUCACGGUAGAUGGAGCCAAGCUCAAGCAAAUCGUGAACCACUUCGUUAAGGAGCUCGAGAAGGGCUUGACUGUCGAGGGCGGUAACAUUCCCAUGAACGUCACCUGGGUCCUAAGCUUCCCCGAUGGCAACGAACAAGGAACCUACCUGGCCCUCGAUAUGGGCGGCACCAACCUGCGUGUUUGCGAAAUUACCCUGACCGAGGAGAAGGGCGCCUUUGAUAUCACACAAUCCAAGUAUAAGAUGCCGGAAGAGCUGCGAACUGGCACCGCCGAGGAAUUAUGGGAGUACAUCGCCGACUGCUUGCAGCAGUUUGUCGAGACUCAUCACGCGGACGGAAACCUCUCCAAGUUGCCUCUUGGCUUCACCUUCUCCUACCCGGCUACCCAAGAGUAUAUCGAUCACGGCAUCCUGCAGCGCUGGACUAAGGGCUUCGAUAUCGAUGGUGUCGAGGGCCAGGACGUUGUUCCCCCUCUGGAAGCAAUUCUUAAGAAGCGUGGUCUUCCCAUUAAAAUCGCUGCCCUGAUUAACGACACCACGGGAACUCUUAUCGCUUCCGCAUACACCGACCCGGAGAUGAAGAUCGGCUGCAUCUUCGGCACCGGCGUCAAUGCCGCAUAUAUGGAGAACGCAGGCUCGAUACCCAAGCUCGCCCACAUGAACCUGCCCCCCGAUACGCCCGUAGCCAUUAACUGCGAAUACGGCGCUUUCGAUAACGAGCAUAUCGUGCUCCCCCUCACCAAAUACGAUGACAUCAUCGACCGCGACUCCCCCCGCCCCGGCCAGCAGGCCUUCGAGAAGAUGACCGCCGGUCUGUACCUCGGCGAGAUCUUCCGUCUUGCGCUGAUCGACCUGGUCGACAACCAACCGGGGUUGAUUUUCAACGGUCAAGACGUCUCCAAACUGCGCAAGCCCUACUUCCUCGACGCCUCCUUCCUCGCCGCCAUCGAGGAGGACCCUUACGAGAACCUGUCUACGACUUCGGAUCUCUUCGAGCGCACAUUGGGCAUCCGCCCGACCCAGCCAGAGUUGGAACUCGUCCGUCGUCUUGCCGAGCUUAUCGGUACUCGCGCUGCUCGUCUGUCGGCCUGCGGUGUUGCUGCCAUCUGCACCAAGAAGAAUAUCGAGUCCUGCCACGUCGGUGCCGACGGCUCGGUUUUCACUAAGUACCCUCACUUCCAGAAGCGUGGUGCUGUCGCCCUGCGCGAGAUUCUCGACUGGGCUCCCAAUGAGAAGGAUAAGGUUACUAUCAUGGCUGCUGAGGAUGGUUCCGGUGUCGGUGCUGCCUUGAUUGCUGCCCUGACUCUGAAGCGGGUCAAGGCUGGUAAUUUGGUCGGUGUCCGUAACGAGGCGGACAUGAAGACUUUGGUCUAA